AUGGAAAGCCGACCUCCAAGAUUUCAGGAGGGAGAUAUAGGAGGAGAUCAAAAACGUGAAGCAAGGUCGCGAUUUGCGUCAGAAUCGGCCCAAGACAAAAGCGUCCCCGUUCGUGGAGGAAGUGAUGCAGACAAGAAUCCACCCGAAACUUUGGUGGAGUUCAUGACUCAGUCAGAUAAAUACGCAGACGCCGAAGAAACGCGGAACUUGCGCGAGGCAGUCCAGAACGCAAAAACCACGGCCAAAGGGUCGGCCAAAAAUGAGGUUAACUCGGCUGGAGGAAACAAGCGCAAGGACGAGCGAGCGCGCGAUGAACGCAGGUCAGGCAAGCGACCCAACCGAAUGUUCUCUACAUACAUCUCGCUUAACAAACCUCGAGAACAGGUGCUGAUGGAAAUCAAAAGUGAAAGAUUCGAGGAGAUCGAAAGGCUUAUCCGAGAAGGCCGGCUCAAAGAACAUGUUGAGAGAACAGGGACAACAGAAGAACGACCGAGCGAUGACCGACCUACGGAAGAAAUCCGGACGAUAGUCAGAGGACCCCUGUGCGGCAACGACUCAAAUAACGCCCAGAAAAAUCACGCCAGAAGCCUCAACCGACCUGAGUCUGACACUCUGAUCAUAGCUCGGCCUUCGAAAGAAAAGAAGAAGGAAAGGUACUGUAUCUCAUUCACUGAUGAAGAUGCCCGAGGGAUCUAUCAUCCACAUGAUGAUGCAUUGGUCAUUACUCUGAUCAUAGCAAACCGAAGGGUGUUUCACAUUCUUGUCGACACUGAGUCAUCGGCUGACAUGUUGUUCACUCAAGCAUUCGACAGGAUGACUGUUGAACGAUCGACGUUACGACCGGUCCGUACCCCAUUGGUCAGAUUCUCGGGGGGGCAAAUACUCCCAGAAGAGAUCAUUUCACUGUCGCUCACAGCUGGGAAUCAUCCGCACCAAGCGACAACAAUGGUUGAUUUCUUGAUAGUCGACCAGUCAUCCGUGUACAACGCUAUACUCGGUCGACCCUCUCUGAGUGUCCUCCAGGCCGUCGUAUCUACGUAUCACCUCUCCAUGAAAUUUUCGACUGAGUUGGGAGUAGUAGUCGUCAAAAGAGAUCAGCAGGAUGCGAGGCGUUGCUACAUGACAGCUGUAAAAAGACCCACCGAGAAAGCUCCGACUGAAGUAUCAACGAUCGAGUCGCUAGACCCUCGGGUCGAGACGCAUGAACGAGGGCAGCCAGUUGAAGAUCUUGUUUCAGUGCCCUUGGUCGAGACAGACAAGUCCAAAACAAUGCAGGUUGGUUCGUCUCUGCGACCACCCUUGAGGGAUAACUUGAUAGCCCUGCUCCGAUGA